AUGCCGGAUUUGAAUGCAUUAGAUGGGGCGAUGUGGAUGACUGAUAAGGGUCUCGCAGUGGGUGGUGGUGGUUGCCUUGGACAACGACGGGACAAGCUGCUACUGUACUACCAAAACGUUGGUGGUAUCAAUUCAACCGUUGAGGAAUAUCGCCUUGCAGUCUCCGAUAACAGUUUUGAUAUCAUCGUCUUCGUCGAAACGUGGUUAAACGAUAACACGCAUUCAAGGCAGGUGUUCGGUACUGGAUAUGAAGUUUUUCGUUGCGACCGGAUCCUUAGAAAUAGCCGUAAAUAUACUGGAGGUGGUGUAUUAGUAUCAGUUAAUCGCAGUUUGAAGGCACGAGUUGUUGAGAAGACUUGCUGGGAUUGCCUCGAACAGGUCUGGACGAUAAUCGAGCUUGGCGACCGUAACUUGUACUUAUGUGCGUUGUUCGUCCCACCCGACCGAGUUCGUGAUAUCGAAUAUGUUGACGCACACUGCAGCUCAGUUUUUACCAUCCUCGUAGACGCUAAAUCGGUUGAUAAGAUCAUCGUACUAGCAGAUUUUAAUCUCCCCAGCAUUUCGUGGAGAUCUUCCCGCAAUGGAUUGCUUUACCCGGAUUCCGAUCACUCCGUUCUUCACUCAGGGGCGGUGAGGCUUCUUGACAGCUACAGCUCAGCCACGUUACUACAAAUUAAUCCUAUUGCCAAUGAGAAUAACUGCCACCUUAAUCUUUGUUUUGUCACCGAUCUGGUUCCUGCUACAUCAGUAGUGAUGGCUCCCUCUCCUCUAGUGAAACCAGUAGCGCAUCACCCACCAUUGAUCGCCACGAUCGAUCGCACCCUGGCGCACGAUUACAAUAUUCCUCCGAUCCUCGUCUCAUACGACUUCCACAAAGCUGAUCAUCGCAGUAUCGCAUACCUCUUCUCCACUCUGGAUUGGCUAAAUAUUGUUGACCCCGAAGAUGUUGAUACGGCAGUUCAAACAUUUUCCAACGUUUUGGGUUAUGUUAUUGACAGGCACGCCCGGAAGAUAGUUCAUCAUCAACAAAUCGGCCCUCCUUGGCAAACGAGCACGAUGCGGUGGCUGAAAUCCAUUAACAGAGCUGCGCUGCGGAGGUUUACCAAGUAUCGUACAAUUUCACUUAGAAACUAUUACGUCAGUCUCAACCAUUCUUAUAAACGAGCUAGUCAGGAUUGUUUCUUUCGAUAUCAGCAAAACAUUCAGCGUAAUCUCAAGUCGCACCCAAAACGUGUCUGGAAAUAUGUGAAUGAGCAGCGCAAGGAAUCCGGACUGCCGACGUAUAUGGCUUUCAACAGCCGCACAGCUACCACAUCCCAAGAUAUGUGCAGACUUUUUCCGGAGAAAUUUGCGAAUGUGUUCACAGAUGAGGCCUUAACAGUUAAUCAAAUUGAAGUCGCUGUCAGUCAAGUUCCGGUUACGCCGCACCAGCCGCGCCGAGAGAUCAAAUUACAACCACUGACCGUAGGACAUUUCCUCGGUGUGCCGUUUGCCAUUACGGCAGUCACGUUGGCCGGUUUACAACAAAUCCCCAUCCAUCAUUGCGUAGCGUUGCAAAGUUUCAAAGCUGGAUAA